AUGUCUCCAGAACCUGCAUCGGGCACAAAGCCAGAGGAUACAGUAAAGGGUGAAUCAACCAAUGCAGAGCCACUCGCUCCCCCUCCCCGACCUGCGGCGGUAGCCAAUACGCCGGACUAUUUCUCGAGUAAUCACGGCCACCUCUCGAGCGAAACGAAUCCUUUUGAAUACUCCUUUGCUGGCGGUAGCACUACGAAUGGUGGACAAGUACAGACACCUGGCGGUACAAAAUUACCCUCUGUUGCUGCUCUGACUUCACCGGCUGGAAUAUUAGGCCCCGGAGUUACACCCAACUUCUGGGGAGGCCUGCGAUCAGGUCCACUCAGUCCUGCGAUGCUUUCAGGCCCCCAAAAGGACGACUACUUCACUGACGGUCAUCACCUACGUGGUGGCUUCCCCACACCCAACGAGUCUGGCCUCAGGUCAGGUUUGACUCCAGGUGGCGGUGGCUCUAUGUUCCCUGAGCCAAGUCCCAACUCUCAGGCACUUUUCAGUCAACUUGCGAGUGGCGGCGCAACUCCUACGACUCUCGACUUCCACCGCACUGCUAUGAACGCUGCUGCUGCUCAGAAGAGAGAGGCUGCCCAGGCGCAGCCCAACAUCACCUCUCAACCUCAAGAUCUUAAUGGUAUGGACGUAAAACCUCCAGUACCCGGCCAGUUUGAUCAACACGACGCCAACGACGCUGCUAACGGGCUUUUUUUACUAGCUCAAGCUCGUAACGGCCCCCAACCUACGAAUCAUUAUACAAUGGCUCCCCAAAUGCCUGUCCACGCUCAUCCACAAAACAUGCAGAUGGGAGGUCAGUCAGUUGAAACCUCGCCAAACAUGGCGAACCGAAACGGUGGAUCCAUCAGCACGACUUCUGGUCGUGGAGUAAGUGAAAUGAGCGGCUUCUCUGACGAGAACGAACAGCAAAGCAGACCGAAUACUCGUGGCAAGGGCAAGCGUGGCUCUACAGAUGUCCAAGCAAAUGGACAAAAGAACCAACCAUCAAAGCCAGCUAACAAGAAGUCGAAGCGCAAUAACGGAAGUGCCAUGGAAAUGGAACCUCAAUCUGAGGAGGAACCGGACAUGAGCAAAGACGAGUAUAAUGCCAACGGAAAGAAGAUGACUGACGAAGAGAAGCGAAAGAACUUCCUCGAGCGAAAUCGGGUGGCCGCCCUCAAGUGCAGACAACGCAAGAAGCAAUGGCUUGCUAAUCUGCAACAGAAAGUUGAGAUCUACAGUGCUGAGAACGAUAGUCUCAACGCCCAACUUUCCGCAUUACGAGACGAAGUUGUCAACCUCAAGACGCUUCUUCUCGCCCACAAAGACUGCCCAGUCAGCCAACAGCAAGGCCUUGCAGGUCUCGGCAUGCACCAACUUAUGGAAGGCUAUCAAGGCCAAAUGAACCCUUACGGCAUGGCUGCCGCCAUGCAAGGUCAACAGCAGCAAGUCAUGGCUGGCCAACAAAUGGGCCGCCGCUAUUCAUAA